CGCAAUUAUCUCUCCGCUAUUAUGUAGAAUUCAUUAGACUUGGGUAACUGUCUCUUCUAUGAUUCAGUAAUUUAAAUACGACUCCAUUCCCAAUACGUUAUUCCAGCGGUCCAUUUAGGCAAGACAACGCAUUCCAUCGAAAUCGCCCCUCUAUUAUUUUGAAUGGAUUAGUCUUUCAAUUUAACCUAAACAAGCUAUUAAAACGUUCAGUUUAUAUCCUAAACAAACACUACACUAACUAACAGUAUCUCUCCCGGCAAAACAUAUCAGUAUUUGGAUUACAAUCAGAAUGAAUUUUAGUCUAUCGGUGCCAAGGCUGAGAUACGAACCCGAGUCUCCCGCGUUGGGAGAAAAUAGUCAUAAUUUAAAGGUCCAAGCGUUUCCCCAGCGAGGCUUCUCCUUACUCUCUCUCCCUUGGUUCUCUCCCUUGACCCUUGUCACUCUCUCCAUCUCCUACUCAUAAUUUAGGAAUAAUUACUAUUAUGACUUUUGGCCUCAUCCUGCUCUUCUACCUAGUGUUCUACAUCUUCCUAGCAGGCAUGUUCUGCCUCACCAUGUAUGUCAUGCUGCAGACCUUGGAUGACCACAAACCCACCUGGCAAGACAGGCUUAGCACACCAGGCAUGAUGAUCAGACCCAGGGGAGACACCAUGGAGAUCAACACCCACAACACUGAGAGCUGGGACAUGUAUAUCAAGACCCUGGACAACUUCCUCUCCUCCUACAACAACUCUCUGCAGGCUGAAAAGAAUGACAAGUGCCCACCGGACCAGUAUUUUAUUCAGGCAGACAGCGGUGAUGUGAAGAACAACCCCAAGCGCUCCUGUCAGUUCAACCGAUCCCUUCUACAAGAGUGCUCUGGCCUCGAUGACCAUACCUAUGGAUACCAGGCUGGCAAGCCAUGCAUCAUCAUCAAGCUGAACCGGGUCAUUGGGAUGUUGCCAGGAAAGGAUGGCAAGGCUCCAUUUGUCACUUGUGGAGCGAAGAAAGAAGACUCUGAUAAGAUUGGAGAGGUGGCGUACUACCCUGAAAAUGGCGCCUUCAACCUCAUGUACUACCCUUACUAUGGCAAGAAAGCUCAGGUGAACUACUCCCAGCCUCUGGUUGCCAUUAAGUUCCUCAACAUCACCCUCAACGAAGACAUCAACAUCGAGUGCAGGAUCAUCUCCAACAACAUUCCUCCUGGGAGUGAAAGAGACAAGUUUGCUGGAAAAGUUUCUUUCAAACUGAGGAUCAACACUAAACAAUAGAUGUACAUUCUCUUUCUCUCACAAAUAUUCACACUGACAUGCUGUGCACAGGUACACACACACAUACAGAAACAGAUAACAGAAUUAACACCCUCAGUUUGACGAAUAGAAUAUGUUUACAACUUUCAUUUACCCUUGAUGUCGGGCAUUUGUAUGCCCAGUUUAGUGAUGUCAGAUUGGUGCAGUAAAAAGGGGGGUAAUUCUGUCUCUGUUUUUGUGUGUGAGAUUUGGAACUGAUUCUGUUCUGUAAGUUAGUUUGACUUGAAGUCUAUUUAUCAACACGUCUUACCAGUUUACUGUGGGUCCUUCCUUGCUGCCUCCCUCUAGAGUGCCCCUUUAUAUACGAAUAUACACUAAAUCCAAUACAAAACGUGUAUAUCUAUUUAUAUAUAAUAUCCUUAUAUCAGUAUGUCUAUUUUGUUGCACUUGAAUAGUUCAACAGCUAAACAUAUGAUGUAAAAAACAUUUUGGUGGAUGAAUGCAGAGACAGAGUCAUUUUUCAUGUGUGUAUUGUCUUUCGUGUCCUAAGAAAGAGGGAGGCCUCAUGUCCCAGCUCUCUGCUCUGCUAUGUGGGAAUUAUUCAUUAGGUUAUGUUAAACCACUGGCCACCAGCACUCUGCAGUGAUCAUCCAGUUUAGCCCCCCCCACACAGCCAUUGUGUGAAUGAAAUGUGAGCUAUAAGAAGAUAGCAUCUCCAACAUGGGGAGUUAUAGAGGUCAACACCUUUGAGUAUGUGUAUGUGUGCGUGCGUGUAUGUUUAUGUGUGUGUGUACUGUAUGUGUGUGUGUACUGUGUACGUUUGUAUGUGUGUGUGUGUGUGUGUGU